AUGGAUUUCACUCAGUCUUAUCAAUUAACAAUACCGCAAACAGACUUACAGACAUAUCUUUAUCAUCUGCAAUCAAUACGGAUUAUAUUUCAUCUUCAUCAAAUAUUUGACAUUUUAAUAUAUAAUCAUAUUUCACAUGCAACUGAUGGUGCCACUAGUGAUUUUUAUCAUAGUUCAAAUUAUCUAUCCAAUGUUUGUCAUACUGAUGAAACAUCAACAGUAGGUUCACAUGAUAGUGUUAAUGGAUUUGAUUUAAAUAAUGAUGAUCAAGUGAUUCAUCUUGUUCCUAGUUUUGUUAAUAAAAUUUGUGUUGAAAGUGGUGUCAAUACAAUAUAA